ACCCAGAGAAGCUUUGGGCAUAGAGAGGUUCAAGGAACAGGCUUGGGGAAUUAUCUUGUGCUUUCAUAUGGGUUCUUGAUCAAUUGCAAUACCCAUUUUGUGGUUCUCUCAUAGAGUUGUAGUACCUAUGUUACAAGAGGAGUCAUCAUCUGUAACGUCAUCGCCUCUCCAAGUUUUCUCCAUGAUGUCACUCUCACCUGGCUUAGGAUCACCUUACCAGUGGCUUAGAGAGCUGAAAUCUGAGGAAAGGGGUUUAUAUUUGAUCCACUUAUUGCUCACCUGUGCCAAUCAUGUAGCAGCUGGAAGUCUUGAAAAUGCAAAUAUUGCCCUUGAACAAAUAUCCCAAUUGGCCUGUCCAGAUGGUGAUACUAUGCAGCGGAUCUCUGCUUACUUUACUGAGGCACUUGCAGAUAGAAUCCUCAAAGCUUGGCCCGGUCUCCACAAGGCUCUUAAUUCCACCAGGAUGUCUUUGGUUUCUGAAGAAAUUCUUGUUCGGAAACUGUUCUUUGAGAUGUUUCCAUUCCUGAAAGUGGCUUUUGUUCUUACCAACCAAGCCAUAAUUGAAGCAAUGGAGGGUGAAAAGAUGGUUCACAUAAUUGAUCUCAAUGCAGCUGAGCCAGCACAGUGGGUUGCUCUCAUUCAAGCUUUGAGUGCAAGGCCAGAAGGACCACCACAUUUGAGAAUCACUGGAAUUCAUCAACAGAAAGAAGUCUUGGAUCAAAUGGCUCGCAGAUUGACUGAAGAAGCUGAAAAACUGGAUUUACCAUUUCAGUUUAAUCCUGUUGUUAGCAAAGUGGAGAAUCUUGAUAUUGAGAAAUUACGGGUUAAAACAGGGGAGGCUCUAGCAAUCUGCUCAGUUCUCCAACUGCAUUUGCUGUUGGCCUCUGAUGAUGAACUCCAACGGACCAGAUCACCAUUAGCAUCAAGGAGCUUGAAUGGAGUUCACUUGCAAAGAGCACUUCAAAUGAACCAGAGCACCCUAGGCGAGUUGCUUGAAAGAGAUAUGGCUAACGGGUACAGCCCUAGCCCUGAUUCAACCUCAUCGUCACCAUUAUCUUUAACUGCUUCAGUAUCAAUUGACAGCUUUCUUAAUUCCCUAUGGGGUUUGUCGCCAAAACUGAUGGUGAUUACAGAACAAGAUUCUAAUCAUAAUGGAUCUAAUCUCAUGGAGAGAUUAUUGGAAUCCCUUUAUUCUUAUGCAGCAUUAUUUGAUUGUUUGGAGUCUGCUGUCUCAAGAACAUCCUUGGAGAGAAUGAAAGUAGAGAAGAUGUUGUUCGGAGAGGAAAUAAAGAAUAUAAUAGCAUGUGAGGGAGUUGAGAGGAGGGAGAGGCAUGAAAAACUUGAAAAAUGGAUUCAGAGGCUUGAUCUGGCUGGCUUUGGAAAUGUGCCUUUGAGUUACUAUGGCAUGUUGCAGGCAAGGAGAUUCCUGCAAGGUUAUAGCUGUGACGGGUAUAAAAUGAAGGAAGAGAAUGGAUGCAUGGUAAUCUGCUGGCAAGACCGGCCACUCUUUUCGGUUUCAGCCUGGAGAUGUAGGAAGUAAACUAUACCAAAAACAAAAAAAAGUUAUCUGGUGUUUGAGUUUUUUUUUUCCUCUCCCUUCUUUUCCUACUAUGGAACUCCAAAAGGUUUUUGAUACUCUUAGAAUGACUAGAAGGGCCCCCCUUAUGCUCUUAGGGAAACUUGUAAUCUUUUUCCUUGUUUUUUGGUAAUUUUGGUAAUUUCUAAGCUACUUUUCUUUCUAAUAUGAAUGGAACUCAAUCUUGAGCUUUGGUGUGUAGUGAUUGAAGCUGAUAUUUUGAGUGCAAUGUACAGUUUCAUCUCCCUCUGUUCUCCUUGUUCCCUGCAUCUCCGCAACAAAUUUUCUGGUAUAUG